AACAUUUGGUUUCAGAUUUACUCAUAAGGACAAUUCUCUCAUUUCUGAAUUUCACCGCCCCAUUAUUGGUAUAAACAGGUGGAAAAACCGAUCUGAGGGAGAAGAAGAUUCUCCUUCUGGGGGCCUGGCUUUGUUCUCUGCUGGUGAUUCUUCAUAAUUGAGAGAAUGAGCAGUGAAGAACAAAGCUUUGAGGAUCCCAAACUGGUUGCUGAUGCAAUGGACAACAAUCAGGCAUGUGCAUCGAAGGAAGGUAAAGGAAAGCGUCUGUGGAAGAAGGUGAAGUAUCAGCUGGUUGAGUACCACUCGUUGCCCCACUAUUUAAGAGACAACGAGUAUAUCAUAGGUCAUUACCGGCCUGAGUGGCCAUUGAAGCAGGUCUUGCUCAGUAUGUUCACCAUCCACAAUGAGACGCUGAAUGUUUGGACGCAUUUGAUCGGGUUCUUCCUUUUUCUUGCCCUGACCAUAUACACUGCAAUGAAGGUUCCAGAUGUCGUUGAUCUUCAUGCCUUACCUGAUGUGCUGAAAAAUGCUGAUCUUCACAAGUUGCAUGAGGAACUCAUGACAUGCCUCCCGUCGUUACCCAACAUGCCUGCUUUGAACAAACUUAGGGAGGAGUUAAAGACUUCGUUGCCUUCAAUGGAUCUACUUCCCUCGCUCUCUGGUUGGCAUGUUAUGGAACUUCUGAAUAAUUGUUUGCCUCAGAGGUUCUCCCAUGGCAACCACACUGAUGUUUGUGUUCUGCAUAGCAUGAAGGAAGAUUUAGCAAACAUAAUAGCACCGUUGGUGAUGAGACCAAUUACACGAUGGCCAUUUUUCGCUUUCUUGGGAGGAGCAAUGUUUUGCUUGCUGUCCAGCAGUGCUUGCCAUCUUCUCUCUUGCCACUCUGAGCGAACGUCAUAUAUCAUGCUCAGGCUGGACUAUGCUGGAAUUGCAGCCCUUAUAUCCACCUCAUUCUACCCUCUUGUUUACUACUCCUUCAUGUGCAACCCUUUCUUCUGCACCCUUUACAUGGGGUUCAUAACCAUCUUAGGAAUUGCCUCAGUCUUGGGUUCCCUCUUGCCUGUCUUUCAAACUCCUCAGUACCGUAGUGUCCGUGCAUCUCUUUUCUUCGGCAUGGGCUUGUCGGGCAUUCUUCCUAUCCUCCACAAGCUUAUCUUGUUCUCAGACCAACCUGAGGCGCUCCACACAACUGGGUAUGAGAUUCUCAUGGGGAUUUUCUACGGAGUUGGAGCACUGGUUUAUGCAACAAGGAUUCCAGAACGAUGGAUGCCUGGGAAAUUCGACAUUGCAGGGCACAGCCACCAACUGUUCCACAUACUGGUAGUUGCAGGCGCAUACACUCAUUACCGUGCAGGGCUUGUUUACUUGAAGUGGCGUGAUUUAGAAGGUUGCUGAACUAGGAACAUAGCAAUCUAGCGUGUGAGGUCGUUGUUGUAUUGAUAGCUGGUGGUGUAGAUAUGUUUUUCCUUUUCGCCAUUGUGACUGUAACUGUAAAACCAACCACAGCAAUAAUGUGCUUGGUUCAGGGGGUAAAAAGAACAAAAGAGAAAAUUAAGAAAGUUAGUCAGAGACUCGGAGUGUGAAAAAUUGUGUUGCAAUAUUUAGCUAGACUUCUUGAAUCUUGACAUUGUAGAAGCUCGUGCUGUUUGUGUAAAUAAGGAUUUUGUAUUGGUUUCAAAAUCCACAAUAGUGAAGUUGUUUGUACUGUUUCCA